CAGUCAUUUCCAUCAUCAUUAUUCAGAAUGCGCUCGCUCGUUCUGCUGCUCGUCACGCUGCUCGCAGCGGUCGGCGCGGUGUCUGCGUUGUGCCCGGAUGGUAUUACUUCAUGCCCAAGUUCAUCGACGUGCUGCGUGACUGCCUCUGGUUGGUAUGGCUGCUGCCCGCUGCCGAGCGCGACAUGCUGCGCGGAUCACGUCCAUUGCUGCCCGAACGGCUACAUUUGCAACACGACUCAGAGCAUCUGCACGCCUGCCAGCGGCGAAGGCCCGAUUGUCGCAAUGGUGACCAAGACCCCCGCCAUCCCCGUCAAGAGCAUUGAGUGCGGCGACGGCAUCACCUACUGCAGCUCCAGCCAAACCUGCUGCCUCCUCUCGGGCGGCUCGUACGGUUGCUGCCCUCUGCCCAACGCCACCUGCUGCGCUGAUCACGUCCACUGCUGCCCGAACGGAUACACGUGCGACACCACGCUGAACACUUGCAAGCUUGGCGACGACGCUGACUCGACGGUGCCGAUGAUGACCAAGCAGCCGGCCAUCAUUUCCAAGCCCAUGAUUCCCGAGGUGGCCGUUGUGUGCCCCGACAAUUCGCAAUGCAGCGCAACCCAGACAUGCUGCAAGAUGUCCAACGGCUCGUACGGCUGCUGCCCGCUCCCCAACGCCAGCUGCUGCGCCGACCAUCUGCACUGCUGCCCAUCCGGCUUCACUUGCGACGUGACUGACCACACCUGCAACAACGGCCUGUUUACCGUUCCAGCGCUGCCCAAGCUUCCUUCCACCCCGCGAAAGAACUAGCAGCCCGAGCAUUCGUGUUGGGGAACGUCGUUGAUGGCUGAUCCCUGGUUGUGUCACGUCCAUCAACUUGUUUUUUGCUUUUCAUUUUUACCCGUGGCUUUUUGUCUGUUUUUAUUGCUUUCCUUCGGAAUGACCCUUUUCGACUGAAAUUGUUUUUGGGAGGACAUUGGUGUUUGUAACACUGUACAGUGCCAGGAAACAAAGCAAACAAAGGCGAAUCACUUUUGAAACACUUGCG